AUGGUGCUGAAGUUGUAUGCCUGGGAGCCUCCGUUCCAGGAACGAAUCAUGAAAAUACGAGACAGAGAGAUACAACUGCUCCGAAAGCAAGCACUUCUGACCCCGACAGCGUCGCUGCUUUGGAUGUCCACUCCAUUUCUGGUAGGAUUGGCGUCUCUAGCUACCUUUGUGCUGAUCGAUUCGAAGCACGUCCUGGAUGCUUCCACAGCGUUUGUGUCCUUGAGCCUCUUACGUAUCAUUCGCCUUCCCCUCACUUAUUUACCAUAUCUCACGUCUGACAUCGUUCAGACCAUGGUGUCCGUCAAGCGGAUCAACAAAUUCAUGAAUGCUCAUAAAUUGGAUCCUAACAAUGUAUCACACGAUCGAAAUCCAAGUUCCGGGGGAGACGGCAUACGUCCCUCAGGAAGCAUGGAUUCGCAAGGCAUCAGAGACAAUGUUCUGUUUGGGAAAUCCCACGACGAAAAAGUCUACAAGGAGAUCCUAUCAGCCUGUGCCCUGGAACAAGACCUGGCCGUUCUGCCCGCUGGUGACAUGACUGAAAUUGGGGAAAAGGGCAUUAAUCUGAGCGGAGGACAGAAACAGAGAGUGAGUCUGGACAGGGCAGUCUACAGUGAUGCGGAUGUUUUCUUCAUGGAUGACCCUCUCAGUGCUGUUGACAGUCACGUGGGAAAGCACAUCGUCCAGCAAGUCAUCGGACCUCAUGGACUGCUUAAGAACAAGACGGGAGUGCUUGUGACCCAUGGAGUAACACACCUCUCACAAAUGGACCUCAUCAUCAUGAUGAAAGAUGGGAAAAUUAUUGAGUCAGGGAGUUAUCAGCAGUUGGUUCAGAAAAAAGGAGCAUUCUCGGAUUUCAUUAUUCAGUUCUUCUCUCAGGAUGAUUCCGAAGGUCUUGAGGAACCAAAGGGAGGAGGAGGAAAGAGUGCGGCAUCAUUUGGUUCGGAUGUAGGAAGGCUCAUUGAAGAGGAAACUGCCGAGAGAAAAGGGGUGCAUUGGCGCGUAUACGCAUAUUUCCUGAAGAGCAUGGGCCUCUCUCUGUCCCUAAUAAUGAUCCUCAUGUAUGGAAUCAGUGAGGGAUUCUUGAUGUGUUCCAACAUGGUACUCUCCAGAUGGUCUGAUCAAGUCAUUCUGAAUCAUACCAUGAGCUCCUCUGAAAAGGAUGCAUUCAUAGGAGUGUACACUGCGCUUGGAUUCUGCAACGCUGCUGCCUUUGCCCUGGCUUCAGGACUCCUAUGGGUUUCGGUCAUUGGUGUCCUAAUAAUUAUUGCUUACACCCUCCCAUGGUGCCUCGUUGCUGUUGUCCCAAUCAUCGCAGCUUACUAUUUUGCACAGGACUUGUAUGUCUCAACAGCACGACAGCUGAAAAGGCUCGAAUCUGUAUGGCGAUCCCCGAUCUAUUCCCAUUUUAGAGAUACUGUGAUCGGGAUUUCUUCCAUUCGCGCUUAUGGACGAGACGAACAGUUCAUCAACGAAUUAGAGGAAGGGGUCGAUCGCAAUAAUAAGUGUCAAUUUCCUCAAAUCACAGCCGCCAGUUGGCUGAGAGUCCGACUCGAAGCACUUGGCGGCAUUAUAACAUUCAUAUCUUCUCUUCUUGCCGUGCUUGGAAGGGGUUCCCUGAGCCCUGCCAUGGUCGAAACAAGCAUUGUGGCUGUUGAGAGGAUCAAAGAAUACUGUGAGACACCAGUCGAGGCCCCGUGGGAGAUCCCAGAGAAGAAGCCGAAGGAUGACUGGCCUCAAGAAAGAACUAUUUCCUUUCGAGAUUACCAGACAAGAUACCGAGACGGUCUGGAACUAGUUCUCAGAGGUGUCUCCGUUGAAAUCAACGGUGGAGAGAAAGUUGGUUUGGUGGGUAGGACAGGGGCUGGGAAGUCCUCACUCAUGCUGGGGCUCUUUCGGAUCAUCGAAAAAGCAGGUGGGAUGAUCACAAUCGACGGAAUCGAUAUCAGUCAAAUCGGACUUCAUGAUUUACAGUCACACCUCACAAUAAUCUCACAGGACCCAGUGUUAUUCUCGGGGAGCCUGCGGGCAAACCUGGAUCCUUUUGAAAAGCAUACCGAUGAGGAAGUAUGGAGGGCACUGGAGUUGUCUCACCUCAAAGCGUUCGUGAAGGGACUUCCACAGGGACUUCAUCAUUCUGUUGCAGGAGGAGGACAGAACCUCAGCGUCGGCCAGAGACAACUCAUCUGCCUUGCAAGAGUACUUCUAAGAAAGAGUCGAAUCCUUGUUCUAGAUGAGGCAACAGCUGCCGUGGACCUGGAAACAGACGAACUUAUCCAGAAUACCAUUCGGAGAGAAUUCCAGAGCUAUACAGUUCUCACUAAUGCCCAUCGGAUCAACUCAAUUAUGGACUACGAUAGAGUCCUCGUAUUGGACGGAGGAGAAAUCAUAGAAUUUGACUCCCCAACUAAUCUCCUUCAGACUUCGAACUCCCUGUUCGCAACCCUAACAAGGGAUGCUGGAUUUGAAUGUCACGUGGUACACAGACAGCCCAGAUCUGACACCAUGCUUCCAGAGCACCAUAUCGGUGUGGGUCCCGUGCGGAUGGCUGUGGGUCAUGGCAGCAUUGGAAAUGAAAAACCUCUGCAAAGCCAUUGCAAAACGAGUCGCGUGGACUUGGUUGAAUAUGUCAAAGCUAAAAAAGAAACAGGUCAUAAUGUCCCUUUGUUCAUCGACCUAUCCUUGAACUUCGUUUUUCAGUUUCUUGCCUUCUCAUUACUGAUACUCUACGUAGUGGGUCUGUUUCGUGCAUUUACUACAAAUGGAUUUGCACCGGUGUUCUUCGUCACGCCUGCCAUACUCAUUUUCACUAUGGCUCUUGUGUGCAUAUUCACGUACUUUGGGAAGGCUCGAGGCAUUCAGACGUCAGGCAUCUCGCUCACUUUCUGGGUGCUGCCCUUCCUCAAGGGUUCCAUCGCUCUCUGGAGCCGGAUUCGUCAGAUGCUUCAUGAGGUGAAUCGUGACCGGAGCAUGCCACAUGGCCUUUCUUUCCGUCAGAUGAUCUCAUUCGUGAAUGAAAAUGCUCCGGUGUGGCAGGGCUGCUUCUAUGCUCUCGGGUUGCUUCUCUCAGCCAUCCUGCAGGCACUUUCCUACGCGGCUUCGUAUCAGAUGUCAAGUUUCCCAAUGUUCCAUUCUGUUCAUUCCUUGCAUGAGAUCAAAAUGGAUUCCGAUGGUUUCUACCAGUCCCUGCGUUUGUCAUCGGCUGCUCGUAAGGAAUCCACAGUUGGGGAGAUGGUCAACUUGAUGUCCGUGGACGCCAAAAGAUUCUUGGAUAUUUCAUUCCAUUUGAACAUGGUUCUUACACUACCCAUCCAACUUGCAAUCUCUUUAUAUCUACUUUGGGCUCAGCUCGGAAUAGGAGUGAUCUUCGUUGCAGUUCCCCUCAACGGCCUGAUUGCUGCCCGGAUCCGGAAAUUCAAAGUGGAAAGAAUGAAGGAGAAGGACGAAAGAGUGAAGCUCAUGAGUGAAGUCCUCAAUGGCAUCAAGGUACUGAAGCUGUAUGCGUGGGAGCUGCCAUUCCAGGGCCGCAUCAUGGGCAUACGAGACAGGGAGAUCCAAUUGCUUCAAAGCAAGCGUAUCUGGGAUCGAUCAGCUCACUUCUCUGGACCUUCACACCGCCUGGCAUCUCUGGCUACUUUUGUGCUGAUAGACUCGACGCACAUCCUAGAUGCCUCCACGGCUUUUGUAUCAUUGAGCCUCUUGCGCAUCGUUCGGAUCCCUCUCACUGACUUGCCUUAUCUCACCUCUGAAGUGGUUCAGACCAUGGUGUCCGUCAAGAGGAUCAACAAGUUCAUGAAUGCUCAUGAAUUGAAUCCAGACAAUGCAUCGCGCAACCAAAAAUCACGUGCCGAUGAUGGAUAUGCAGCCCUGAUCGAAAAUGGAAGAUUCACCUGGGCACCGGAAGAUCCGCCAGUCUUGAAGGACAUUCAACUACAAAUUCCAGCAGGGAAGUUGGUUCCAAUCGUCGGCCAAGUCGGUUCCGGAAAAUCCUCUCUCCUCUCAGCCUUCCUUGGCGACAUGGAGAAACUCUCGGGAGUAGUUAACGUCAUGGCGCAGAAAGAAAAAAGCGAACAGAACAAUGUACCAAAUGGUGCUGCUGAUGGGCGAAUAAUUGAGAACGAAACGGCGGAAAAAGGAAGGGUGAAGUGGCACGUGUAUGUGUACUUCCUAAAGAGCAUGGGUCUGUCCUUGUCUUUGGUCAUGAUUCUCAUGCAUGGGAUUAGUGAGAGGUUUCUGAUGACUUCCAAUAUGGCACUAUCCAAAUGGGCUGAUCAAGCUUCUCUGAAUCGAACCAUUGACGCCUCACAGAGAGAUGCAUACCUCUCAGUAUACGUGGGGCUUGGUUUCUCCCACGCCGGUGUGUAUGCCUUGGCAGCCUUGAUGAUGUGGCUGCUGGUUUGUAAGGCUGCGCGGAUACUUCAUCGCAACUGCCUCCAGAACGUCCUGAGAAGCUCUCAGAAAUUCUUCGAUACAAAUCCUACGGGAAGAAUUCUGAACAGAUUUUCUCAGGAUGUUUCAGGUGUGGAUGAAGGCAUAGCUCGAUUCUUGGAAGAAACCAUCAGAUGUGCCUUCCAGGUCUUUGGCGCCCUUGUAAUUAUUGCCUACACUGUCCCAUGGUUCCUCGUUGCUGUCAUUCCCAUUAUUACUGCUUACUACAUUGCCCAGGCUUCCCGAAUUUUCAACUGGCUGGCUCGGAUGGUGGCUGAGGUAGAAACAAACAUCGUGGCAGUCGAAAGGAUCAAGGAAUACUGUGGGACUUCAACUGAGAUUCCAUGGAAGAUCCCAGAGAAAAGGCCAAAUAAAACAUGGCCCCAAGAAGGAAAUAUUUCUUUCCGUGACUAUCAGAUGAGAUACAGAGAUGGUCUAGAACUAGUACUUAAAGGUAUCACUAUGGACAUCAAAGGAGGGGAAAAGGACCCUGUGCUGUUCUCGGGGAGCUUUCGCAUGAACCUGGAUCCGUUUGAGAUGCAUACGGAUGUGGAAGUAUGGAGGGCCCUAGAGUUAUCGUAUCUCAAAACUUUUGUUAAGGGACUCCCGCAGAGACUUCAAGAACCUGUUGCCGAGGGGGGACAGAACUUCAGUGUCGGCCAGAGGCAACUAAUCUGCCUUGCAAGAGCAUUGCUGAGAAAGAGUAGAAUCCUCGUGCUAGAUGAGGCAACAGCUUCUGUCGACCUUGAAACAGAUGAGCUCAUUCAACAUCCAGAGCUGGAUCAGUUCCCUAGCCACCUUCGUGGCGGAUGGAUCCAACCACGCACAGCCCUCCAUCAUCGUGUCGUCGGCACCGUUUGUCGAUUGCUGAGAUAA